CCUUGACGUCAUCAUCCAACAUGGCGGCCAGACUCGGGACACUUCUCAGGACGUCUAUGAGAGCGGUGGCGACGGCGGCCACUCGAACUGAAAGCCUGGCGGCUGCUCCAGCGCUUCAGAGAGCCUGCUUCUCCACCGGCGCUCACAGGUGGGCGGCCGCCGUCACCCAACCUGCUCCGCCUUUCAAAGCCACCGCCGUGCACAACGGGGACUUCAAAGAGAUGAGUCUGGAGGACUUCAAGGGCAAAUACCUGGUUCUGUUCUUCUACCCGCUCGACUUCACCUUUGUGUGUCCGACGGAAAUCAUCUCCUUCAGCAACAAGGCCAACGAGUUCCACGAUAUCAACUGUGAGGUGGUGGCUGUGUCGGUGGACUCUCACUUCACACACCUGGCCUGGACCAACACGUCCCGCAAGGCUGGAGGUCUGGGCAGCAUCCACAUCCCUCUGCUGUCCGAUCUCAACAAGCAGAUUUCCAGAGACUACGGUGUCCUGCUGGAGGGUCCAGGAAUUGCACUGAGGGGUUUGUUCAUCAUCGAUCCCAACGGUGUGGUGAAGCACAUGAGUGUGAACGACCUGCCGGUGGGCCGCAGCGUGGACGAGACGCUUCGGCUGGUCAAAGCCUUCCAGUACGUGGAGACACAUGGGGAAGUCUGUCCCGCCAGCUGGACCCCGGACUCUCCCACUAUCAAACCCACUCCUGACGGAUCCAAGGAGUAUUUUGAAAAAGUCAACUGAGUGAAGGUUGAAGUUAGUUCCAGGACCUCAGUGCUGAACGGGUCAGUUCACUAUUGAAGCUGGAUGUUAGCCAUCAUCAAAAGCAAUCCAAAUAAAUGCUUUGUUAGUGAUCUACUUUUUUCCAUGUAAAAUAAAGUGGACACCUAAAACGCAGAACAAGACUGCAU